AUGAAAAUACUAUGUUGGAACUGUCGAGGGAUUGAGAACCCUGAGACAGUUCGAGAGCUUUGCCGAAAGGUCAAAGAUAAGUGUCCCGAUUUGGUUUUCCUGAUGGAAACCAAAUUAAUAAGUAAUAAAAUGUCUGUGAUAAAACAAAGGAUGAGUUUCAAUAAUAUGCUAGUUGUGGAUUGUAUAGGGAGAAGUGGAGGGUUGGCAUUACUGUGGAAGGAGGGAAUGGGAGUUGAAAUCCAUAAUUACAGCAUUAGGCAUAUUAAUGCAGUUGUGUGUCCUCCAAACUCAAUUCCAUGGACUUUCACUGGCUUUUACGGCCACCCGGAAGCGCAUAGAAGAUGGGAAGCAUGGAAGCUACUGAGACAUUUGAAAUCCAAGGCUCUUGGCCCUUGGAUGUGCGCCGGCGAUUUUAACGAAAUUGUCGACCCAUCUGAAAAAGUGGGAGGUAAGCGAAGGUCUAACUUCCUUAUGGAGAAUUUUAAAACAACACUUGAAGAAUGUGGCCUUUUUGAAGUAGUGACCAAAGGCCCAACAUGCACUUGGAAUAAUGGGAGAGAGGGCGAAGAAUUUAUUAUGGAGAAAUUAGAUAGAAUGGUGGCUUCUCAUGACUGGCAUGUUCGAUUUCCCAACGUGGAGGUAUUGCUUGAAGCUGCAAUUUUUUCUGAUCAUCUCUCAAUGUCUAUUAAUCUUGUGGGCCCUCAGUUUACAAGUAGGAGGAUGCUGGGAUUCAGAUUCGAAGCCAAGUGGGCUGAUAACAUGGAGUGCCGUGAGGUUAUAAGGAGCAUAUGGCGAAAAAAAACUCAUGGGAAGGGAACCUGGCAUUCGGUGGCAGGGAAACUCGAAGCUAGCAAAUCCAGACUAAAGGCAUGGCAACGCGUGCAAGGUGGAAAUAUGAGACAGCAAAUAAAUGAGCUGUCCGAACAGCUGUUGAAGGCACAAGCUGAACAUGGAGGGACUGACACCUCUCUACUGAUGAAGUUGAAAAAUGAGCUGCUGGAAAAGCAACGAGAGGAUGACUUGUUCUGGAAGCAGAGGGCAAAAGAACACUGGGCAAAAUUUGGGGAUCAGAAUUCUCGUUUCUUCCAUGCAUGCGCUACUCAUAAGAAAAAAGCCAGUUUGAUAACUGGAAUUACUGAUGAAUUUGGGCAACGUUGGGAAACAAACGAACAAAUUGGGGGAGCAUUUACCAGAUAUUUUCAAAAUUUAUUCACCACAUGUGGACCCAGACAUAUGGAGAAGGCGUUGGAAGCAGUUGAGCAGCAUGUAACCCCAUCAAUGAACGAAUCUUUGUUGAAAGAUUUUACGGUGGAAGAAAAAAAUUGGGCGGAGACUGGGGAAGAGGUUAGCCAUUUUGUAUUACAAAUUUUGAAUAAUGGAAGCAUGAAUAAAGAGCUAAAUUUGACUUAUAUUGCUUUAAUCCCAAAAACUGCUAACCCAAUUUCUGUUACCGAAUUUCGCCCCAUUAGUUUGUUUAACGUCCUUUAUAAAUUGAUCUCCAAGACCCUUGCAAACAGACUUAAAAUUGUGCUCCCUGAUAUAAUCUCACCAAACCAAAGCGCGUUUGUCCCCGAUCGGCUUAUAACGGACAAUGUAUUGGCAGCUUUGGAAACCCUUCAUACCAUGAAGUCAAGAAUGUGGGGGAAGGUGGGUCAUAUGGCAGUUAAACUCGACAUGAGUAAAGCCUAUGACAGGGUGGAAUGGGAUUUUUUAGAAGCCAUUAUGGAGCGGAUGGGAUUCGCGAAGGCUCUUAGUUCCCUUCUGACUCAGGCUGACAGAGAUGGCAGACUACCUGGUGUUCCAACUUCAAAGCGAGGACCCCGUUUAAGCCAUCUUUUCUUUGCGGACGACAGUCUAUUAUUCUUUACAAAGGAGGAAAUUCUGAGACUGCCUGGGAUUCAGUCCACACAGAGAUACGACAAGUACCUUGGGCUGCCAGCUCUUGUUGGUAAAUCUCGUAGACAAGCUUUUAAUAGCAUAAAAGAUAGAGUGUGGAGGCGACUGGGUGAUUGGAAGCUGAAAUUGUUGUUACAAGCUGGGAGAGAGAUAUUGCUAAAAGCUGUGAUCCAGGCCAUUCCAACAUACAGCAUGACAAAACUGGGGACGAAGCCUUCUUUUGCAUGGAGAAGUAUUCAAGGCGCCAGAGAGCUUCUAAAAGAUGGUCUUUUUUGGAGAGUGGGAAAUGGUCAAUCAAUCAAUAUAUGGGGGGAUUGCUGGAUCCCAAUUUCUUCAACUUAUAGAAUCCAUUCCCCAUCGAGGGUGUUGGACCCGAGUAGUAAGGUAAGUGAACUCCUUGACAACGGAAAGUGUGGAUGGAACCAAGAGUUGUUGAAAAGUAUCUUCACCGAGGAGGAAAGAGUUGCUAUUACUUCUAUCCCGAUAAGCCAAACGAAUCAACCAGAUGUCCAGAUAUGGCGGUGCACAAACAAUGGAAUGUUCUCGGUGAAGAGUGCCUAUCACCUUGCAAAAGAGAUGGAAAUGAGUGGGAAUCCUGAAGGCUCUUUGAAGACAAAGGAGAGUAUCUUGUGGAAGACUCUUUGGAGGCUAACUAUUCCAAAUGCAGCUAAAAAUUUUCUUUGGAGAGCUUGUCACGAUCUAUUGCCAACAAAGGAUAAUCUUCUUAGGCGGAAGGUUGUGACUGAGCCUUGGUGUCCAUUUUGUGAGAAGGAACCGGAAACUGUUUAUCAUGCUUUGUGGGGCUGCCCAGCAGCCACGGACGUUUGGGGUAGUAGCAGAAGAAUUUUCCAGAAGUGUGUCAUUGAGGGCAGCAACUUCAUGGAGACGGCAGAAUAUAUUCUUGAAAGAAGUGGAGCAGCUGAGUUUGGCAUAUUUACUGAAGAACAGACCGAGGAGUUCAACAAAGCAAAUGAGGUGAGUCACAAUAGAAGUGUGGUGGAGAACAAUGAGCGUGGAAAAAAGUGGUUAGCCCCGCCCCAAGGUUCGCACAAGAUAAAUUGGGAUGUGGCUAUUGAUAAAUUACAUGAACGCAUGGGGAUAGGUGUCGUGAUUAGAGGAGAAAAUGGGCAGGUUAUUGCGGCGAUGAGUAAGACCACCUUGGGUUUAUUGGAGCCGACAAUGGGGGAAGCAUUAGCCGCGUAUCAUGCAGUUUGCCUUGGAAGGAAUCUGGGAAUGCAAAAUAUAUAUCUAGAAGGUGAUGCGAAACAAGUUGUGGAAGCAAUAAAUUCUCAAACGAGUACAUGGAGUCGUUUCGGACACCUAAUAGAUGACACGAGGGGAAUUUUACGAUCUUUUUCAAGUUGGAGAUGUAAUUUUGUUUAUCGAAAUGCAAAUGAGGCGGCACACCGGCUUGCAAAAGCGGCGAUAACAGAUAUCAGUGAUAGGAUAUGGAGGGAUACAACUCCAAAUUGUAUUAGGGAUAUCGUUUUGAUGGAGCAAUCAGUUCUAUCUUUGUGA